UGGUUUGUUUACAACUUCGGAAUCGGUUCCCGCUUGUCUUCUCAACAGCAGCUAAUCUUUCAAAAACAAUCGUCCCCAAAACGUUUUCUAUGAAGCGGGGUGACCAUGAUUAAGACCGAGAAGGUGUUACAUUUGAAGAGUUCCCGAGGACGGAAGGUCCGUGUGGUCCGGGAACAUUAUUUGAGAGAACAUGUUCCCUGCUACAGCUCUCUCUGUCAGGCACAAUGCGCCAACGCAGAGGGCAAGGUGCUGUCUGGAGAGGUGACUCACUAUGUGAUGCCUGAUGCAGGCGUGGCGAGGGACUUUAUGGAGAUUCUGGAGUUUAGAGAGAUCCAGGGGAUAGUGUUCACUCAGACUGCCUGCCAGGCUGUCCAACACAGCAGAGGACGCAGGCAGUACAACCGGCUACGCAGCUUGCUGAAGGACCCCCGUCAUCACUGUAUCCUGUUUGCCAACGAGUUCCAGGAGUAUUCCUACUGCCCCAGAGAAAAGGGAGAGCCGCAGGACAAAUGGCAGACCAGGUGUGUGUAUCAAGCUGCGGUGUGGUACCAUGACCACCUGGCAGGGCUGAAGCCAGUAGUGAUGAUCACUGAAGACCAGACCGCUGUGGCAGAGUACAGCAGCCUCAACUGUGGUGUCUAUGUCCUCUGUACACAGGAGUACCUGCAGACGUUCUGGCCGGAGCUGCAGGCUGCCCUGGAGCUGUACUGCUCCAUCGCUCAGUCCCUGCAGGAGAAAGGGAGCGAGGGGACGGAGAGAGAGUACACUGAACACCUGCCUGCCGAGGUCCUGCAGGCUGGCAUUAAGUCUGGCCGAUACAUACAGGGCACUCUGAAUGUGAACAAGCACAGGGCCCAGCAUGAAGCCUUCGUCCGCUUUGAGGGCUCUUCUAACAAGAGCUCAGAGCUGAACAGUGAUGUGCUGGUGUGUGGGGGGAGGAAUCGUAACCGGGCGGUGCACGGCGAUAUGGUUGCCGUGGAGCUGUUGCCGAAGGGGGAGUGGAGGGGGAGAACCACGGCCCUGACGGAGGGACAGGGGGAGGAGAAGGGAGACGAGACACAGAGCCAACCCAUGGCCACAGGUCGUGUGGUAGGGAUCCUUCAGAGGAACUGGAGGGACUAUGUUGUGACCUUUCCCCCCAAGGAGGAGACCCAAUCACAGAGCAGGAACUCCCAGCGUAUCCUGGCCACGCCCUGGGACCAACGCAUCCCUAAGAUCCGAAUCAGCACCCAACAGGCUGACAAACUACAGGAUCACCGGGUGAUAGUUCGUCUGGACUCGUGGGACAGCACCUCCCUCUACCCUAACGGACACAGUGUCAGGGUUCUGGGCCGGGCUGGGGAGCUGGAGACUGAGGUCCAAACCAUCCUCAUAGAGAACUGCAUCCACGUACCUCCCUUCUCUGAGGCACAGCUUGGUGAGAUGCCAGUGUCCUCCCCUGAGAGCCCCUGGUCGGUCGACCCCGCUGAGGUGAUUACCAGACGGGAUCUGAGACAAACCCACCUGGUGUUCAGCAUCGACCCUCGGGGCUGUGAGGACGUAGACGACACCCUGUCCAUACGCAGCCUCCCCCCCGGCCCGGGGGGUGAGAGGUUAGAGCUGGGCGUUCACAUCGCUGACGUCACACACUUUGUUAAAGAGGGGUCGCUGACAGACCUGGAGGCCCGCGCUAGGGCCACCACGUACUACCUGGCCGACCGCAGGUAUGACAUGCUGCCUGCUGUCCUCAGUGCUGACCUCUGCUCUCUGCUGGGAGGGGUGGACAGGUAUGCCAUGAGCGUCAUGUGGGACCUGGAUGCCCAGUCCCUGACGGUGAACAAGGUGUGGUACGGUCGUACACUAAUCCAAUCCUCCUACCAGCUUUACUAUGAACUGGCCCAGGCUCUGCUCAACGGAGAGGAUGCAGAGGUCCCAGAACUAGCCCGGCUACCACCUGGGGAGAGGGAUGCCAAGCUGGCCCAGCUCACCCAGGCCCUGGAGACCCUCACCCACGUGGCCAGACAGCUGCGUGCCCAGAGGGACAAGGGAGGAGCGUUGGAGCUGGAGGGGGUAGAGGUGAGGGCGCAGCUGGAUGAGGACAGGAACAUCACAGCCCUGGUGCCCAGACAGCCACUGGAGGUCCAUGAGACGGUGGCAGAGUGCAUGAUCUAUGCCAAUCACUGGGUAGCCCGGAAGAUCCAGGAGAGUUUCCCCCAGCAGGCCUUGCUGCGCCACCACCCGCCCCCACGCCAGGAGUUCUUCAACCAGCUGCAGGACAGUGCCCGGGCACGCGGCUUCACCAUAGAUACCAGGUCAAACAAGGCCCUGGCUGACUCCCUGGACCGGGCCGUGGACCCCCGGGACCCGCUGGUGAACCGGCUGCUGAGGGUGAUGGCUACCAUGGCCAUGUCUAAUGCCCUCUACUUCUCUACCGGAGCCUGCCCUGUCGAACAGUACUAUCACUAUGGUCUGGCUCUGGACCGAUACACCCACUUCACCUCUCCCAUCCGUCGCUAUGCCGACAUGAUCGUCCACCGCCUGCUCACCGCAGCCAUUGCCAUGGAGAAAGGGGCGGGGCCAACCAAGGCCUUAGCCAGUAACAAAGAGUUGGAGGAGGUGGCUCAGCAAAUCAACAACAAGAACAGGGCAGCACAGCAUGCCCAGAAGGUGUCCACAGAGCUAUUCCAGUGCCUCUACUUCAGAGACAAAGACCCAGAGACAGACGAGCGCUGUGUGGCCGACGCGGUCAUCUACACCAUCAGAGCCAACGGCAUGCUGGUCUUCAUACCACAGUAUGGCCUGAAGGGGGCAGUGUACCUGAAGAACAGAGAGGGCCAGGUGGUGAGUGAGAGACAAGAUGGAGGAUGUGACUGGCAGACUGGUUCUCUACAGAGAUACCUGGACCACAUCACUACCACUACCGCUGCUGGCACCUCAAUCUUCAACCUGUUCCAACACAUCACCGUGCGUAUCUCAGUACAACCAUCACGUUGUCACUCAGACACAAUCCGUCUGGAAGUGGUCAGCAACAGGCCCCACCAGGCCCCCGAGACUCAGGUCCAGACCUCCCAGCCCCAGGGGGCGAGGGGCCGGUCCCAGCUGGUCCAGGAGGUGGUUCGGCAGGCAGAGGAGGCCUCUCAGCAGGCAGAGGAGAAGAGGGGCCAGGCCUCUAAACUGUCCGAGGAGGAGAGGGAGUUCAGACAGAGUAAAUGUCCCAACCUCUACUCUCUCCUGGAGGAGGUCAGGGAGCUGGCCUUGCUGGACCUUGCUGCCUGUGGAGCAGGAGGUGGGGGUCUGGGAGCAGCCGCCCAGGCUUGUGCUACGUCAGCAUAGAUGAGGUGGUGGUGGUGGAGCAGGAGGUGGGGGUCUGGGAGCAGCCGCCCAGGCUUGUGCUACGUCAGCAUAGAUGAGGUGGUGGUGGAGGAGCAGGAGGUGGGGGUCUGGGAGCAGCCGCCCAGGCUUGUGCUACGUCAGCAUAGAUGAGGUGGUGGUGGAGGAGCAGGAGGCGGGGGUCUGGGAGCAGCCGCCCAGGCUUGUGCUACGUCAGCAUAGAUGAGGUGGUGGUGGUGGAGGAGCAGGAGGCGGGGGUCUGGGAGCAGCCGCCCAGGCUUGUGCUACAUCAGCAUAGAUGAGGUGGAGAAGUAGGAGAAGGAACAGGUCUGGGAACAGCUGCUCAGCCCUGUGAUACACCAACAUGGAUGAGGUGGUGGUGGAGCAGGGAGGAACAACAGGUCUGGGAACAGCUGCUCAGCCCUGUGAUACAUCAACAUGGAUGAGGUGGUGGUGGAGGAGCAGGGAGGAACAACAGGUCUGGGAACAGCUGCUCAGCCCUGUGAUACAUCAACAUGGAUGAGGUGGUGGUGGAGGAGCAGGGAGGAACAACAGGUCUGGGAACAGCUGCUCAGCCCUGUGAUACACCAACAUGGAUGAGCUGGUGGAGGAGCAGGGAGGAACAACAGGUCUGGGAACAGCUGCUGUGGUCUGCGGUACAUCAGCAUAGAACACCAUAAAACUUCUGAUUGUGGGUCAGGUUAUUGUGGAGGAGCGGGGCGUUUGAAGAGUAAGGACGUGCAGGAGGCAAAGUAGCAGGUCAACAUCAGCAUCAAACUUUUAGCACUGACUCAGGAUCAGAUUGUGGUGCUUUUCAUGGACUUGCAGACAGACCCUCUGGACGGACCAUCUUACUAUACAUCCUGGGUGUUAUCACCAUGGUUACCAGACUCUACUUAGGUACAUCUUUAGUCUUAUUUGAAAAAUGAACAGAUGAUUGAAGUUGUGAGAUGAGACAGAUGCAUGUAAUAUUAUAUACAUGAAUAUACACACUGAGUCAGGAACAGCUCUCAACAGGACCGUUACCAUAGAAACAUCUGGAGCAAGCAGCAGCAGCUCUGGUCUUAACUAAACAGGACAGUUACCAUGGAAACAACACCUGGAACAAACAGCAGCUCUGGUCUUAACUCAACAGGACAGUUACCAUGGAAACAACACCUGGAACAAACAUCAGCUCUGGUCUUUACUCAACAGGACAGUUACCAUGGAAACAACACCUGGAACAAACAGCAGCUCUGGUCUUAACUCAACAGGACAGUUACCAUAGAAACAACACCUGGAACAAGCAGCUACAGUUUUUACCAAACAUUUCUCAUUUUCUGUAUUUGAUUGAACACAUUGGGGAGAUGUAGAAUAGAUUCCACACAAAUCGAUUCUCAGGCCAUCGUUUUUACACUGAACUGUAUAAUGACAUCUGGCACUGAGAACAAUGCCAUUGUACAGCCUGGUAUUGUAUUUUAACCUAAAUAUAUUUUUGUAAUAUUUUUGGCAGUUGGUAUCUUGUGGAAAAACAAGUAUUUUCAAGUGCUCUAUUCCAUUGUAUGUUUUAAAUGAAUUAAAGUGCAUUACCAAACCUGA